CCCACAAACGGAGAAAUUCCCUGGAACGGAGAAAUUCGGGACAAUUUUCUUGUUAUACGAAUUCUCAUAAGCGGACACCUCUAUCGGACGGACACGGACACCACAAUUUUCCCAGCGGUGCCGAAAAACCUCCCAUUAACGGACACGGAAUUCUGAAGAGCGGCCAAAAAUGAAUAUGUUGGUACCCACCAGUCAAAGACGAUCUUGUAGUAUUAUUUUAACCCAACCGCGCAAACAGGAACUUCGGGGAACCCCCUUCAUUUCGUUCAUAAUCGUCACAACCCAAAUACGUUCUUAGUUUUCAAUACACAGUAUUACACAGUGCCGCUAGCAGUGAAACGCAUGUUAUUAGAAUCAUGGCGCCUAGAAAAAGAUUUCUGACGUUGAAAGAGAAAAUGGAGCUGAUAAAUAUUGCAGAAAAGGAGAAUUCAUCAGUGCGCAAGUUAGCAGAAAGAUUCAACAUAGGUAAAACUCAGGCGGCGGCAAUUGUGAAACAGAAAGAUAGAAUUCGCGAUAUGUGGCAAUCUGGUGAUAGUCUGCAGCAAAAACUAUGUAGAUUGAAAAACAUUCCAGAAAAAAUUGACAGAGAUUGUCUAGAUUGGUUUUCCCGAGUGCGAAAUCAGAACAUCCCGGUUUCAGGACCAUUGAUUAAAGCGAAAGCGAAAGAAAUUGCAAGCAUGUUGAAUUAUGAUAAAUUCAGUGCUUCAAAUGGAUGGUUGCAAAAAUGGAGGACAAGGCAUAAUAUAAGUUUCAAAGCUAUAUCUGGCGAAUCUGCGGAUGUUAAUGUAGAAAAUGUAAAUGAAUUUCUACAAAAUUUGCCAUCUCUUCUUUUAGGAUAUAAACCAGAAGAUAUUUUCAACGCUGAUGAAAGCGGUUUGUACUUUCGGGCACUACCAGAUAAAACAAUGGCACUCAAAAAAGAAAAAUGCGUUGGCGGUAAAAUGUCAAAAGAGAGGCUCACUAUUUUAUUCUGUGCUAACAUGACUGGUCAAAAAGAAAAAUUAUUAGUAAUCGGAAAAGCCGCCUGUCCACGCGCACUUAAGAAUGUUUCAAUCAAAGACCUGCCAGUUACAUGGAAAUCAAAUUCCAAAGCAUGGAUGACUGGCGUCAUAAUGAAGGAAUGGCUCAUAGAUAUGGACCGAAGAAUGAGGUUCCAAAAGAGGAAAAUAUUGCUAUUUCUGGAUAAUGCUGGUUCACAUCCGAAGGAUGUGAAUCUAACUAAUAUAAAACUAUGUUUCUUACCACCUAACUGCACUUCGGUGUGUCAACCUUUGGACCAAGGCAUAAUAAAAAAUGUUAAAUUUUUCUACAGAGACUUGAUACUGAAACAUGUUCUAUCAAAAAUGGAUAGUGCUUCAUCAGCUUCAGAAUUAUCGAAAUCAAUAAAUAUUCUGGAAGCACUGUAUUUCAUUAAAACAGCUUGGGACAACGUUGCUCAGAGAACUAUCCAAAAUUGCUUCACUAAAGCGGGAUUCAAGAAAAAUGGGCCUUCUUCGAAUCUCUCUGAAGAGGCAUAUGACGAAGAAGACUGCGUACCCUUGUCAGUACUAGCCACCUUUUUCAAAAACUGUAAAGCAGUGUGCAACACAGUGGAUGAUAGAGAAUUUAUUGAUUUAGACGAAGAAAUUACUACUGAAGAGCAUUCCGAUUUUGUCGAUAAAAAUGGAGAGAAAGAUGACGAAGAUCGAAUUGAACAGGAGAGCAACAUAGAAGGUUGCAUUAUUUCCGAAAGCACCAAAAUAAAAACCAAUAGCGAAGCACUGAAAUUGAUUGGCGAAUUGAAAAUAUUUGCCCAAGAAGAUUUUGUGGCUUUUCGACUGGUUAAAAAUCUGGAGACCCACUUUCAAACACGUCUACUUUCUGAAAGAGAAAAAAAAAUGACACAAUCCAAGAUUACUUUUUUUUUUCUGAAUGAAAUUCAUAAUGUACAUAAACUGUUUCUGUAACAGCUUCAUACUUUGCAAUUCAUUUUUCUUUAAAAAGUAUAUACAUAUUAUAUUUCAAUAAAUGCAUUUCGUUUUAUUUCUCUUUGUAUUUAUUUUGAACCUUCCCACAAGCGUACACCUCCCACGACCGGACAAAAAAGCUGGAACCAACGGUGUCCGCUCUUGGGAGGUUUCACUG